AUGUGGAGGGGAGGCAGCCUAGGGGGGGACCAGGGAGCAGCUCUGGAAGGGACCAGUGGAGAGCUGGGAGGACAGGGGGGCUUGGGCCUGGGGGAUGCCCCAAGUCUUUUGGCGAGGGCCUCCCUGCCCAUUGUGCCCUCAUGGCCACUGCCCCUGGCCUCCUCAGCUCUUACUCUGCUCCUUGGGGCCCUCACUUCCCUUUUCCUCUGGUAUUGCUACCGUUUGGGCUCCCAGGACAUACAGGCCCUGGGGGCUGGGAACCGGGCUGGAGGUGGGCCUGGUGGGUGCUCUGAGGUUGGCAGACUAAGUUCAGGGAGCCUUGGAGACCCUGGGGAAGGACCCCGGGCAGAAGGCCUAGUGAGUCGUCGUCUUCGAGCCUAUGCCAGGCGCUACUCCUGGGCUGGGAUGGGCAGGGUACGGCGGGCAGCUCAGGGCGGACCAGGCCCUGGAGGGGGGCCGGGGGUCCUGGGCAUUCAACGCCCAGGCCUGCUUUUCCUGCCAGACUUGCCUUCAGCCCCCUUUGUGCCACGGGAUGCCCAGCGGCAUGACGUGGAGCUACUGGAAAGCAGCUUCCCUGCCAUCCUUCGGGACUUUAGGGCUGUGAGCUGGGACUUUGCAGGGACUACCCCUUUGCCUCGGGGCUGGUCCUUGCCCCUAGCCCCUGGGUGCUACCAGCUCUUGCUGUACCAAGCAGGCCGAUGUCAACCCAGCAACUGCCGCCGGUGCCCUGGGGCCUACAGGGCACUGAGGGGGCUGCGGAGCUUUAUGAGUGGCAACACCUUCGGCAACGCUGGCUUUUCUGUCCUUUUGCCUGGGGCCCGGCUUGAGGGUCGCUGUGGGCCCACCAAUGCCCGGGUCAGAUGCCAUCUAGGUCUGAAGAUCCCCCCGGGAUGUGAGCUGGUGGUUGGCGGUGAACCCCAGUGCUGGGCAGAGGGGCACUGUCUACUUGUGGACGAUUCCUUCCUGCACACAGUGGCACAUAAUGGGUCCCCUGAAGAUGGACCUCGUGUGGUCUUCAUUGUGGACCUCUGGCACCCCAACGUGGCUGGGGCUGAGCGCCAGGCCCUUGAUUUUGUCUUCGCACCAGACCUCUGA